AUGGAUUCUGCUCUUGUUAGGCAAUUGAUUGGUUGUGGCUUAAUGGUUUUCUGUUUUAAUUCUGUUUCUUGGCUUAAGAAGAUUCUUGGUGCUUCUGAUGUAUUUGCCUACUUGGUGUCUGUUAAUUUCCUGUCUUCGCUUGCGGCUGCUAGAGCAGACAACUUUUACUAUCCUCCAGAAUGGGAACCGAGUCAGGGUUCACUGAACAAGUUUCAUGGUCAGCAUGCAUUGCGGGAGAGGGCGAGAAAAUUAGAUCAGGGUAUCUUGAUUAUAAGGUUUGAGAUGCCUUAUAAUAUAUGGUGUGGAGGAUGCAAUUCAAUGAUUGCAAAGGGUGUUCGGUUCAAUGCAGAGAAAAAGCAAGUUGGGAAUUAUUACUCAACAAAGAUAUGGAGCUUCACUAUGAAAUCUGCUUGCUGUAAACAUGAGAUCGUCAUUCAGACUGAUCCUAAGAAUUGUGAAUAUGUCAUUAUUAGUGGAGCCCAGAAAAAAACCGAAGAUUUUGAUAUUGAGGAUGCCGAAACUUUUGAAUUGCCUGCCGACGAAGAGAGGGGUAAGCUUGCAGAUCCAUUUUACCGCCUUGAACACCAGGAAGAAGACUUGAAGAAAAAGAAGGAAGCUGAACCAGUGCUUGUACGUCUCCAGAGGCAGUCUGAUACCAGGCAUUCAGAUGACUACGCUCUCAAUAAGGCCCUUCGGGCCCGGCUUAGAAGUCAAAAGAAAAGGGUUGCUGAAGAAGAGAAUGCUUCCAAGAAAAAAGGCCUCGGCAUAAGACUAUUGCCAGCUACUGAAGAAGAUUCUGCCACAGCAAAAAGAGUGAAGUUUCCAACUAAGUUUGACAAGAAUGGAAAGGACAAACGGGCACUGAUCAAUGCUGAAUCCAUCUUCUCUGGAGUGUCUAGCUAUUCUAUCUCUGAUAAGAGAAAACAGGAGCUACAAACAAAACGAAGAAAAAUUUGUGCAACUUCAGCCUCAAGCCUUCUAGCUGGUGGCUUUAAGCCAUCAUCAUGGUCACAGGCUGCUUUGCUAUCAGGCAAGAAAAAGGGAGCUUCGAUUAUUGUGAGACGCUAG